UUAUUAUCGCUUUAUUUUACAUGUAGAACAGUAAGUUCAAAAUAUGCACUAGAUAGCUUUCUUUCAUAGUCAAACAAUGGAGAGGAGCAUUGCAAGCGUAACUCUGGCUUUUUCGAUUGCAGGGGCAUUUCUACUUGAUCACACACCACCUGCCCUCCAUUCACAUGACCACUCACCUCCUGGUCACCAUCCACCUGAUCACACCCCACCUGACCCCCACUUGCUUGACCACAGUCCACCUGACCCACAUCUUCAUGAACAUCACGACUGCCACGGACCAGAGUGUAAGCUUAUAGAUGAAGCCAUCUACAACAUUGGCAUGUACUUGGACGAUCACCUAUGUCAUGUAUUCAAGGAAGUAAAUUGCAGCUACCAUAUACUGACUAAUGACGAGCAAAUUUGUGGAUCAGACGGAAGAACAUACGCUAAUCAUUGCCUCUAUGUUAAAGCUCGAUGUGCUGAGGAACUCUACGAUAGUCAUUACAAUGCAAACCCUCUCGGUAUAGCUAAUCACGGACCGUGUGUAUCGUCUACUGUCCCAGUAGCAACAACUGUUUCAAGCUCACCAGAAAUGUCGGCAAUCAUUACAGGAAGCGGAAACACUAUUACCACAGCGAUGUCACUGCAGAAUGUUCUUGGAUCUGUCUUCUGCAAGAACAGAUGGUCAAUUGACUGUGGCCAAGAUAUCGCCAUUGUUUGCGGCUCAGACGGAAAUAACUAUCCAAAUGAAUGCGAACUUCUCAAGUGGCAGUGCGAAAAUCCAACACUUAGAAAAGAAUCGGAUUCAAGCGUAUGCGAGUCUUCUUGACGAAAUUCUGCAUUGUUUGUACACUAACAUUUAUAAAAAUAUACAAAUUU